UUUGGAAUCCCGCAAUGUUAUUCAAACUGUCGCAUGUGAACUCAAAGUCGAUAUUUCUAUAACAGAGUAGCUUGAUAAGAUGGCAGCACAUGAAAACAAAGGGUUCAGCCAGGACGAUGAGGACAACAUAGCAUCAAGUAAUCAUGAAACAGAAGAAUCAAGGCAAGACCACGAAACCAUUGAUUGGGAUAUUUUCCAAGAAAACAGGAGCGCAGCUAAAUAUGUGAAGUCUGAAGAAUUCUGGAAAACCUCUGAAAAGAUCUUGACAGUGAUUUUUGUUGGAUUUCUUUUCCUUGUCGUUUUUAGUACAGCUAUACUAUCGCGUAUAACAAUACAUAUCCUUGUGUGGCACAUUAAGCCACCCGAACUGCCACAAAACAAUGAUACAAAUGCCACGUUCCAAACUAAACAGUCUCUCUUUCAUGUUGUGGAUGAGACUUGGAUAUGGGCAUUGUUUAUUACAAUAGUGGCCCCGUAUGUCCUUACUAUAUGUUCAUCUCUAAAAACAAUGUGUUUAAAAAACACUCGCAUGAUCCACUUUAAAAGUUUGUUUGUUAUAUUGAUUUUAGAGAGUUUUCACAGUAUCGGUUUGAUGUGCAUGGUGUUUAUAGUUUUACCGACCUUCAAUGCCCCAGCCGCAUCUGUGGUGUAUUUGGCAGUAUUAGUUAUAUUACCAUUAAUCGAAUUAGUAAGUAGGUGUACAAUAAGUGGAUCAGUCAAUAGUGAUAGAAAAGGCGAUACAUGUAGGUAUUUUGUAACAGUAUUUGGAGUGCUACUACAGAUUGGUGGCAUUGCUUUACUAUGUGUUUACAUGUUUAGGAAGAAACUUAAUGAAGACAACACUAUAUUGGUUAUCAUUUUCGCAGUAUCAGCAUUAUUCAUUUCGUUGAAGUACUGGGAAAAUUUUGUAAAAUCGUCUGCCGACAAAAGCAACUGGCUGUCACAUUUGAAAUGGAUCUACCAAACAAGACGUACAAAAAUGAUGUGUAUUGUUAGCUUCUGGAAAACCAUAAUAUCUUUUAUAACAAUCAUUGUUUUAUACGCAAUACAAGCUGAAAGCGCUUUAGAUGGUGUCAAAGCUAUUUUCAAUUUGGGCGAUACUAAAUUAAAACAUGAUUUCGGCGGCCAUUUUCUUGGUACGACUGACAUAUGUAAGACAUAUGUUCCAUACGUCGUUGCUGUUGUUAACAUAUGCAGUGGUUACAUAUGCACAAAGGCUGCAAAGACAGCAUGUGUGACCGGAAGUGAAAUAUUGUGUUUCUCAAUACCACUUAUACUGGCGCCUUUCUUAACACCAUUUGCUCUACAAGGACUAGUAUCAUAUCCAGAUAUUUUAGAUUUCAAAGACUGCGAUAUGUUUCUCUCCCGCUGGAACCUUGAAUCUAUGGAGAAUAUUUCUGAUAGUUGGCCUCUUGUUGUUGGUGGGUUACUGUUGUAUAUAUCUUUACUAUUUGUUACAAGCUUCAUAUGGACGACCAAUGGCUUUAUAUUAGGAAAAACUCAAAGAAUGUUUAUAACACCUAUGUACUGUGGUAUACAUACAGACAUGUCGUUACUACUGAACAGAAGUCAAAAUGACAAAGAGUUCGACUUUAUCAGAGACAUGGAGAGAAACAAAAGAAUUGAAAAAGAGAAAAAAAGAACCAACCAAGAACAUGACAAAUGCAAUAAAGUAGACGAACGUUCAAAGAUUUAUGCUUGUGCCACAAUGUGGCAUGAAACUGAAAUGGAAAUGACGCAACUAUUGAAAUCAAUAUUCAGAAUGGAUAAACACCAUCACAUGAUAAAAACUGCUAGACAAUCCAAUGUAGAAAAAAGCAACUUACUUGACUACGAUUUUGAAGCUCAUAUCUUUUUUGACGACGCAUUUGAGAGCCCGAGGACAGAUGAAGAUUUCCCGGAUGUAAAUGAGUAUGUGAAAAUUCUGAUCAAGGUAAUGGAUACAGCUGCAAGUGCCGUGCAUCGAACCGUUAUACAGCUUGAAGACUAUGAAAUGGUUAGGACGCCGUACGGAGGAAGACUUACAUGGAAAUUGUUGGGAGGAAAUUCUCUUGUUUGUCAUCUGAAAGACAAAACGAAAAUACGACACAAAAAACGAUGGAGUCAGGUGAUGUAUAUGUACUACUUCCUCAGUCAUCGGCUUCCCAAUAAAAUCGACAGAAUUGUUGAUAAUUCUUACAACACGUUCUUACUGGCACUAGAUGGCGAUGUAGAUUUUCAACCGGAAGCGGUUAUGCAUCUUGUCCGUCGAAUGAAAAAGAAUCCAAUGGUUGGCGCUGCAUGUGGAAGAAUUCAUCCUAUUGGCCACGGUCCACUUGUGUGGUAUCAAAAGUUUGAGUAUGCAGUUAGCCACUGGCUUCAAAAGGCCACAGAACAUGUUAUUGGAUGUGUACUAUGUAGUCCUGGAUGCUUCAGUUUGUUCCGAGGCUCUGCAGUAAUGGACGUCUUGAGAACGUAUACAACUGAACCAUCUGAAGCUAGGCAUUUUAUACAGUACGAUCAAGGUGAAGACCGAUGGCUGUGCACAUUACUAUUAAAACAAGGACACCGUGUUGAAUACUGUGCUGAAAGUGAUGCACUGACCUAUGCUCCAGAAGGAUUCAAUGAGUUUUAUAACCAACGUCGGCGCUGGACUCCGUCAACAAUGGCCAACAUCUUAGAUUUGUUAACAGAUUGUCGCGCUACUGUGACACAGAAUCAAAGUAUCUCAACCCUUUAUAUGGCCUACCAGCUGUUUCUAUUUAUAUCAUCAUUGCUUACCCCCGGAACUAUAUUUUUGAUGAUCGUGGGCGCCAUUAUAGUAGGGUUUCCGUCUGUUCCACCAUGGUUGUCAUUGACUUUGAACCUUAUUCCUGUUGGAUUGUUUAUGUUGUCUUGUAUAUUCACAAAAUCAGAAACACAAUUACUGUUUGCUGGGAUUUUGUCAGCGAUCUACUCCAUUGUUAUGUUGCUGGUAUUGGUAGGAAUCGUCAAAGAAGCGGCAGAAGAAGAAUUCUGUUCUGUCACUACAGUUUUCUUAUGCUUCGUGGCAGGAGUAUUUAUCAUCUCGGCAGUUUUACACCCAAAGGAGUUCUCGUGCAUCAUGCAUGGAAUUUUAUACUUUGUUUCCAUUCCAUCAAUGUCAAUGUUGUUAGUUCUAUAUUCCCUUGGCAACCUACACGUGGUUUCUUGGGGGACAAGAGAGGUCAAACAGCCAGUGACACAAGAAAAUAAAGCGUCGAACCAAAUAAAAGACACAGAAUCAGGAUACACACUGUCUCUUGGGAAAAUAUUUAGGUGUAUUUGGUGUCCUACUGGAGGAUUACAAAAACAGGACAUUGCGUACCAGACAAUACUAGACAGAUUAAAGUCGCUUGAACAGGAAAUCAACAAGACUUCACCUGAUGAACCAAUACUAGACAGAUUAAAGUCGCUUGAACAUCAAAUCAAACAGACUUCAGCUGAUGAACCAAUACUAGACAGAUUAAAGUCACUUGAACAUCAAAUCAAACAGACUUCAGCUGAUGAACCAAUACUAGACAGAUUAAAGUCGCUUGAACAUCAAAUCAAAAAUACCUCAGCUGAUGAACAUAAGCUGCAAUCAAACAUUGACAAAGACGUAGAAAAUGCCACAAACUUAGAGGAACCGGAAGUAGCUGUCACUGACGUCAGUAUUUCAAUUUAUAGUGACAACAUCCAAGAAGUUACGAAGACUGUAAAUUUUAAGACGGCAAAGCAAUUACGCAAAGUAGAAGAAACGUUUUGGGAACAGCUAAUUGAAAAGUAUUUGAAACCGUUAGAGAAAAAUGAUGCAAAGGAGAAGAUGAUUAAAGAAGAACUAAUAGCACUCCGAAACAAAUGUUGCUUGUUUUUCUUUCUAAUAAACGCUUUUUUGGUUACUUUAAUUUACGCUUUGACACAGACUUCCGCCUAUAGCGGUACUCUCUCAAUAAAGAUCGAAUGUAUGUCAAUUGAACCGAUAUCUGUGACUUUCACCAUUGUCUUUGGAAUUCUUCUGUGUAUUCAAUUCAUUUGUAUGCUGUUCCAUCGGAUGUCGACACUGAUUCAUAUUACCGCGACUACGUCCAUCAAAGAAAAACCUGAUGAGAUAGCAAAUCUCCUCCUAGCCAUUCAAGUUUUGCAAAGAUCAGGUUCAGUAGAUAGCAGAAUAUCAUCCAGGACAGAAGACUAUCAAAAUGUAUUCGAAGAAAAGAAAAAGAAAGAAAUACAACGUAUGAUCACAAAGGAGAGGCACAAGAAAGGGAGAUUACUCCAUCUCGACCAAGUAGUCAGAGAACGUUUAGAGGCUAUUCCAGUUUACGAUGAGAUUGAUGGUCCGAACAAUAAAAUUGAACAAAAUGACGACAAUCUUCGACAGUUUGGUCAUUUAACAGGAAAAGAACGAGAAGCUAUGAGGACAUUUCUCAAUGGGAAACAGAAAAAUCUCUUGAGAAAGAAACUAGAAAAGAAUGUUACUUUGAAUGAGAAUACAACUCAGCUUUAAUUAUCAUACAUAAUGAUAAUAUUUUCAAUUGAGUUGCAAUUGAUCCUAUUCAUAAAAGUGCACAUUAUUUCAUAUAUUAAAAUGAUAUGUUAUCGUCUUUUACAUGUAAAAAGCAAAAUCACAAAAAUACUGAACUCAGAGGAAAAUCAAUUUGGAAAGUCCAUAAUCACAUGGCAAAAUAAAAUAACAAAACGCAUCAAAAACGAAUGGACAAGAACUGUCAUAUUUCUGACUUGGUACAGGCAUUUUCAAAUG